ACAGCCGUCGUCAUGACAGCAGGAGCGGUGUCGGCUCCGCUCAUCAUUCCCAUUAUCCAACGGCGGACACACAGAGCCAAGAACCACCUGGACACCAACACACCUGUCUCCAUCCAGUCAGACACUCCUGAAGUUCUGAUCUUCUUCACUCUGGACGGGUCGCGGCCGGCGGCGGCGGCACAGCAAGGGUCAGCAGGCAGCAGCAGCAAGUACAGCGGACCCAUCCUGCUGCCUGCUGGUCGAGUGGCUGUCAGAGCUGUAGCCGUCACCAGUGACGGCAGAGAGAGCUCCACGGUGACGAAGGUUUUCUCGGUUGAACAUGUGGACUCAAACUGCAGGAAGGAGAGCGUCCAGAGUGACCAGCAGCGUCCGUCUGAAGGAACCUCGUUGUCUGCUGAGAACUUUGCUGGUUCUUCACUGAGGCCUCCAGAGCCGAGGACGAUGGGAAACGCCUCUCCUCCAUCAGGUCCUCGUUUUCUGAACAGUCUUCUGGGCUCUCCGACCCAACAACAACAAACUGGACCGUCCCAACGUUCCCAGUCAGCGAGUCCAGGUGUGUUGAAGCAGCUGAGCAGCACGCAGACGUCCCGAAUCCACCGAGAGACCGACUUCCUGCGGUGUGCUCAGUGUUUGAGUUUUCGUCCUUCAGAUCCUUUUUCUGGGUUCUGUGCUCAGUGUGGAGCUGCAGUUCCUCCGUUACCUGAGCACAGACGACCCCCUGCUGAGGGAGGACAGGUACUCCACUCACACCUGUCCUCUGCUGAGGGAGGACUGGUGGUCUGCUGUGUGUUCUGUAACUCUCUGGUUCCGAUCAACACUCCGACCUGUUUCACCUGUGAAGCCUCCGUCCGUCAACAACUACAACCACAGUCCAGUAGAAUACUACAGGAUCACGUGCGGUGUGUUUACUGUGGAAGCGGGAAUCCAGCUCACAUCUCCAGCUGUUUGACCUGCGAGAGCCGCCUGCAGCCGGCGGCGUGGAACGGCGCCCCCUCUGUCCGCUCAGCAGACGGCAGGAAGUUGACCUGCUCCAGAUGUAAACGUUUAAACCACGGCGAUGCCAGAUACUGCGACUGGUGCGGCUCGAAGCCUGGCCACGCAGCCAGCUGUGUGGUUUGUCGGCGAUGCGGAGCGAGCGGACAUCCGUACGCCUUCUACUGCACAACCUGCGGCGCCUUUCUGGAAGCACCGCCGCCACCCACAUCCUGCAAUGACAUCACGCGACCUGUCGGGGGCGCCACCACGAACAAGGCUUCAGUCCCAACUUCCCAUGAUGCCACCUGGCAGGCCACGCCCUCCUCCGGCCCCGCUCCUAGCAAGAAGUUAGCCACGCUCUCCUCCGGCCCCGCUCCUAGCACGAAGUUAGCCACGCCCACUGCCGAGCAGUACACGCAGACUGUUGGACUCUAUUACCCAUCAGCCACUGAGCUGCAGAGGAAGGAGCAACAGAAGACGCUACAACUCAGCAGGCAGCCGGCGACCAGAGACCGCCAACCGCUGCUGACCGCCAUCAGCCCGGGCAGAGGUUACUGGAGGAAGCAGCUGGAUCAUGUGUGUGCUCACCUGAGGAGCUACGCUCAGAACAACGCCCCCUUCAGGGCUCUGCUGGGAGAGCCUCGUCUGGGCCGGAUGGUCUCUGCUGUGAUUCAGGAAGAUCCCUACGAGGUCAGCGUGACCGUCAGCUUCGUGUCGGCCGGACGGGAACACCAGCAGGUGAGUCCAACAGGUGACGGUGUUGGACUUGCAGGUGGGAUCGAGACUCUGAGCAGCGUUACAGAGCGAUCUGCCAACAGCAGCAGUCUCAGAAGUGAUCGGUCCACAGGUCUGAUGAGAAAACCAAACCUGAUCCCCAAACCGCCGGUGAAGGACGUGCAGCUGCUGAAGGAGCUGGGUCCGGGUCCGGGUGGAGGUCAGGUCAGCGUCAUCCAGCAGCUCCUGGACCAGGGGGCGGAUCCUUCCUGCUGCGGCAGCGACGGGCGACACGCUCUGGCGGUUGCCGUGGUGAACGGUCAUCAUGAUGUACUUCCUGUUCUAGUGCAGCGAGGAGCCGACGUGGACCAGCAGUCUGGACAGAUGAAGAACACAGCUCUCCAUGAAGCUGCCUCUCUGGGCUCUGAAGGUGUGAACUGUGCUCGGGUGCUGCUCAGCUGUAAGGCCGGCGUGAGGCGGAGGAACACCGGCGGUCAGACGGCGUACGACAUGGCGGUGAACUCCGGCUGCAACGACAUGGUGUCUCUGCUGGCUGCUCGGACCGGACUGGACCUGCUGGGCAAACUGGGAAAACCCAAACUGGACCUGGAUGUGUUCUGACUGGUAGAACACAUCAAACAUCUGUCUUCACUGGUUUCAUCUGAAGCAUCCAGAUGUUGAAAUAACGGAGUACAAACUAGAGCAGCAUGUUGUUCUUAAAUGGUUCUGAUAUGUUUAGACUUCUAGUACAGAUAGUACUCAGACUAGUAAUAGUACUCUUACUAGUAAU